CUUUUUUCGAUUUCCGCGGUGCAAGACGCCGCUGGUCGCCAGGCUACGGCGUUUUUUGGGGGGCGCUAUCACUAAACGCGCAGGCCCCCGUGGGGACUCCGCCACAAACAAACCAACAACACGAAGCUCACCCAGCCUGGAGACGGCGCGAAGAUUACAACGCUGUAAUCCUAGAGCGGGACUCAGCAACUCUGCAACUCCAGAAAAGGGAAGUUUAAUUUAACAACCUGCAUAGCGAUAGUAACACCUUGCGUACAUCAGUGAGCGAAUUUGCAGGACACGUUUUUCAUGAAACACACGUGGGUACUCAAAUGCAGUAUAAACUGCACAUUUGCACAUAGGUAAGUAUGUUUAAUAUGAAAACGAUUAGUUAAACUCUCUGAGCAGGACCCUCCUGAAGAGAGAGUAUUUGAGACUUAGUGUGAGGCUUUUCCGGGCUAAUAUUUCCAAACAUUUAAAAAGUAAUUGCGUUUUGCACUGAGCACCACCGUGAAUGUUCGGAUUACGUGGAAUUUUGUAAUUAAUAUAGUCACAGGGCAGUUAGCUAAGGUCAUUGGAGUGCCUUUGUGUUAAGUGGCUGUUGGAUCAUUUUGAAGCGGUGAAUACAUUUUUACAUUUAUAUUUAGCACUAUGUGCAGUGUACUUGAAUGGUCCUCGAAGCACAGUGAUGAUUUGCCAGUUCAGCACUACCUCUUAUAGUUCACAUGAACGCUUUGGUGAAGGCUGUGCCUUUGUGUGCCCAGUGGAGCUCAUGAGUCCGUGGGGUUUGACUUCAUAGAUGCAGUAACCUUAAUCAUUAUACGAGCCGAAACAUUAACUCGGAUAUCAAAAAUACCACUUGAAUCAAACAACGACUCCUCGAUCAUUCCACCGUGAGAAGAAGAGACCGUGUGCUGGAGACCUGCAAGACUUGGCGUGACUGCAUUGCUGUGGCCGUAUCGUACCAUCAUCCCACAGCGACCUCCCAACGUUAAUUCCUACAAGGAACCGACGUUAUUUUUUCUUUGGAGGAGGAGGAGGACGCCGUUGAGUGACGACAAUGCCGUCCGCAUCCAGCAGUGGCUCGGAGAGCAGUCUCGCCUCAUCUGACGAGGAUACAGAGUUGGAGAGGGAGCACAGCCAGGUGGUGCAAUGGGUGGGCAGCGCCCACAAGACCCCCGUGCUGCUGUUCCAUCCCGACGCCAUCGUGGGCUCGGAGCCGGCCUUCAAGACGAUUGGAGAACGCUACCACUUGGCCUACAAGUUUGUACGGACUGAAAGUCGGCUUGUGAGGAACAUCCUGGGCUCCCAUGGCUUCCAUGAGGUUCAUCCGAGCAGCAAUGACUUCAACCUGAUGUGGACGGGCACUCACCCCAAGCCCUUCUCGUUACGCUCGCUCACCGACUUCCAGAAGGUCAACCAUUUCCCCAGGUCGUAUGAGCUGACUCGUAAAGACCGCUUGUGCAAGAACGUGCAGCGCAUGCAGCAGAGCCAUGGACAUAAGCAUUUCAACAUAUCCCCGCCUACCUUCCUGCUGCCAGCCGAGUAUCAGGACUUCUGUUCCGCCCACUCUAAAGACCGGGGGCCGUGGAUCGUGAAACCAGUGGCGUCGUCACGGGGACGAGGAGUCUACCUCGUCAACAGCCCCAACCAGGUGACGAUGGACGAGAACAUCCUCGUGUCGCGAUACCUGGGGAACCCUCUGCUCAUUGACGACUUCAAGUUCGACGUGAGGCUCUAUGUUCUCGUCACGUCCUACGAGCCGCUCGUGAUCUACCUGUACGAGGAGGGGCUCACCAGGUUCGCCACGGUAAAGUAUGACCGCAACUCCAAGUUCAUCAAGAACCAGUUCAUGCACCUGACGAACUACAGCGUCAACAAGAAAAGCCGCGACUAUGUCAGCUGCGAUGACCCCGAGGUGGAAGACUUCGGCAACAAGUGGAGCAUGAGCGCGAUGCUGCGCUGCCUCAAGCAGGACGGACACGACACCACGGCCCUGAUGGCGAGGAUUGAAGACCUGAUUGUGAAGACGAUCCUGUCGGUGGAGCAGACCAUCGCCUCGUCUGUGCGCAUGUUUGUGCCGCACAGAGGCAAUUGCUUCGAGCUGUAUGGGUUUGAUGUCCUCAUCGAUGCCAACCUCAAGCCGUGGCUCUUGGAAGUCAACCUGUCUCCUUCCCUGGCGUGUGAUGCUCCCUUGGAUCUGAAGGUCAAGGCCAGUAUGGUGUCCGACAUGUUCAGUCUGGUCGGGUUCGUGUGCCAGGAUCCUUUGAUUGCCCGAGUCAAGGGCAAACCACAGGGCACAGAGUUACCUGGCCGCCCAGCCCCCCACGCACAGAGGGUUUCCAGUGGCAGACCACAAACUGCAAAUCAACACUUGGUUUUGAGGGCGACGUCAGCCAACGUUUCAGAUGCCACGCGUUUAUCUGCCAGUCACGUGAGCAUGCUCGGCCUAUCAGUAGAAGAGGUGAAGGUUCUGCGCCGUGUGCAGGAGGAGUACGAGCGCAGGGGUGGGUUUGUCCGGAUCCUCCCCACUCCCCACUCCUGGGAGCUGUACAGUAACUUCAUGGAGAAUAAGACGACACUCAACCACAUGCUGGCCACACGUCUCUUUCACAGCCGGGCGGGAAAACCGACUGCGACGACAAGCAUUCCCUCUGUAACGGGAAAAGCCAAGGCUGUGGAGCCGGCUCUGCUGGGCGAGGCCUACGCCAGGCUCCACCUCUACGAGCGCAGGCUCCUCUCACUGGAGGCGCGCAAGCGACGGCGCCGGCAGCAGCGGGAGCGCACGGCAGGUAAGCGGAGGGCGAGGAACAGGCGGCUUCCUGCUGAGAGAAAACCAACUUCCAGGAAGAGAACCUCAAGGGAAUCCCCCCAAGAGGAGGCGGACGGAGAGGCGGAGGACCUUGAUGCGGAAGACGAGGAUGAAGAAAGCGGAGAAGAUGACGAGGACGACGAUGGUGACGACGACAGCGUGGGUGAGGAGCCGGUCGUGGAGAGGGUUGCCAAACAGAACGGAUCGACAGCCAAGAUCCAGACUGCGGUUGCCAAGGAGACCAUUGUUGCCAGGGAGACGAGGGAUGUCGCACAGAAGGCGCCGAGACGGGACGAGGCUCGGCCCAAGGACGCCGUCCUGCGAGCCCUGCUCUCUGGAGGGAACCUCAGCAAGGUGCAGGCGCGACAGGCCUUUGCUGCAUACUUGUCUCGAGUCCAGCAGCGACUUGUGCAGGAGAGCAGGGAGCCCGCUUCCUCUGAGCCUCCGCUGCCCACGGACACCGAACAAAUGGACCUGGUGGUGCGUUUCCUGCGCCGCGCGGCCGAUAACCUCCAGGCUCCCGUGCGCGUCGCGCUGCCCGGGCGCCGGCUGCCCCCGGCCGACCGCAAGCGCGUCCUGUCGGGGCAGCUCGGGAUCUUCCUGCUGCACUACAAACGGGAGACAGAGCUGAUGACCCAGCGCUCCACCAAGGAUGGAAAACUCGGAGCAGACACGCUGCCUCCCGAGAUGUUCCACCGCUUCAUGGACAGUGCGAGUGAGGGGGAGCUGGAGGAAGUUCUCACUCAGUAUACGCACAAGAACCGCUCUGCGAGUGUCUUCCUGGGCACACGGAAUAGUAACGCAGAGGGAGAUCCCAAAGGCCUCCCCGAGACCCCCUCAGACUUGGCCCCGGCUGGCAAUGUGGAGAAGGCCAAGAGUGAGAGCAACGUCCUGGCUGGCUCCGGAACGCACCAUCGCGAAACAGGAGCGGCGGUGGUGGCAUCAAAACCACCCCAGUACCCUCAGCCGGCGUGGCAGAGCCUCCCCACACAGGGCGCUCCGAGCGCCGGUGACCCAGGAUCCUGGGAGAACCACGGCGCUCCUUCCGCCCCAGUUGUCGCCGCCACGCACGUGCCCGGCUCGGCAGGGGGCUCGAAGGACGGGUGCCGUAAAGACGGUGGCACAAAUACUGACAGAUUGACCCAGCAUGCAGCAGUGCCAGCAAGUGCCUCUCCCUGCGCUUCCAACUCCUCCACUCGUGCCGCUUCAAUGGAGCUCCAGCUCUUGCCAAACGGCGACAGUCGCCGUGGUAGCGGCAGCGGCAUCGGCGUCUCCGGUUCGGGCCCGAGCUCGGGGUCAUCCCCGGUCACCGGCUCUCGGUCGUCGCCUCCAAGCGUGCCGGAGACCUCGGCCGCUACCGCUCUGGGGCAGCCGCUGACGGUCGCGGCAGUAAAGGCGGCAGCGGCGGCGGCAGCAGCAGGUGGCGGCAGUGGCGUCCGAUUCGGGGUGUGGGCGAACUCGCACACGGGGCAGCUGGCGUCGUCGGUUCGUUCUGCCGCGACCAUUUACAGCCAGCGGCUGGGACGGCCGGCCUCCGCCAAAGUGGCGCACAGCGGUACCGGCUCGUCGCCCGUUCGGCAGCGGCCGGGAACGGCCACGGCUCUGUCCCGUGAGCAAGCGUCGUGGGGCGGCGACGCCGUCGUGGUGGCGCUGAAGCGAUUGGCCGAGAAGCAGGCGUCGCGGCAGUACACGGCGGCCGGGCUGCUCGGCCAGCACCUCGCUAACUUGAACCCGGCGGGCCGCUCAUUGGUACGGCCUGAGUCUGGGCCGGCUCCCGCCCUCCACUCUGGCGGCAACGCCGCCCCGAGUCAUUCUGCAACCCAGCACCUGGCCGUUAAAUCGGCACCGGACUUCGGAAUCUCUCACCUGCCCAGCGGCGGUGGCGGCGGCGUGCGGCAGAGUUACAUCAGGAGGACAGCAGAAGGGUCGGGUCGACCCCACACCGCCGCGCUGAGCUCCUCGCCAGACCCGCUAGCCGCAUGGGACCGCAUGUACGGGCAGCUGACGGUCCUUGCCUCGCGUCAUCCUGGCGGCCACCAGCCUUACAAGCCGGAUCGGGGCAGCCCAUGGCACCGCCCUGACGCCAGCGGGAGGCCAAGGCAGCUCCCAGCCAGCGUCCGCAGUGACGGGGAUGCGGACUUGCGCGAGACGGAAGCCCAAGAAGCCGUCACGCGUGUUUUCGAGUGGAAGAGUGGGGCGGGCGGAGGGCAGUGGGGGCAACAUGCGGAGGACAGCCUGGCGGGGGGUGGCACGGUGCACCGGCCGGACCCGGGCCGAGCAACGCUGCAGCUGCAGCAGCAGCAACAGCAGCAGCAGAAACAGCUGCAGCAGCAGCAACAGCAGCAGCAGCAACAGCUGCAGCAGCAGCAACAGCAGCAGUCGCGGGAGCUACUGGAGACGAGCCGGGCCCGACACCUGGCGAUGCUGGCCGAGGGCCCUCCGUCCGUGCCGUGGACCCAGAGGGCGACUCCGCUCGUACCCAAGCCGCCGCCGUCUCCGCUGCCGAUCCGGAAACAGCCGCCCUCAACGCUCCGCAUCGCCAGGGCAUCCUCGGCAGAGCGCCGGCGCGCAGUGACGGUGGUGACGGCGACAUCGACGAGGGGCGGACGUGACGAGAGUACAGAGAGACGUCCAGCCACAGGCUCUUAGCCGUGCCGACGGAGUGGACGGAGAUGAGUCACGCUUCCGAGUGGACAUCGCGCAGAGGGGCUGAGCAGUGAGGGGCGUGAGAAGCCUGGCAGAGCCAUGGUGCAGGGGGGAGGGGGGUGGUGGCUCUGCGAUCUGCAGAUGGAAUUGAGUGGGCUGGGUGGGAAUGUCUGUGUGUGAAAGUGGAGCGCAUGAGUGUGCUGAGCUAAUUGAUAACCUCAGUGAUCGCGUGCGUGUGUGGGGUGUGUGGGUGGUGUGUUUGUGGUGUGGGUGGUGUGUUUGUGGUGUGGGUGGGGUGUGUGUGUUGGGUGUGGUGUGUCUGU